AGUGCGGUAUGGUUUGGUUUGGGACGCGCCCGCGGCGACCUAUUAAGUCAUUUAGGAUGCAGGUUUAGACCUUACAACUGGUACUUUAGACUUCUAAAUAAAUAAAUAAAAACAAACCUGUGAAAUAUUUCCUUCAGUAGGUAUUUAGCUGUAGACUUGUUUAAUGAGAGAACUUGUGUCUGGGUUUAGUCUGAUGUAGAGACAUUAUUAAACCAGGCUGAAGUGUGUCUCUGUGUGUAACAUGGCGGAGCAAAGCUACAACAUGAAAGGAGCUCUGACCUCCACAGCCCAGCUCACUGAGGACCAGGAGUUGGAGGCGAUCAAGGCACGGGUGAUGGAGAUGGAGGAAGAGGAGGAGGAGAAGCUGAGGGAAGCGCAGUACUGUUCAGACAAGCCAUUUCCCUACGGCCCUCUACAGUCAGGACUUUUCUACAGUAUGACACCAGAGGAAAGGAUAGACGCUGAUGCCAGAUCCGUUUACGUUGGGAACGUGGAUUAUGGGACGACUGCAGACGAGCUGGAGAUCUACUUUAAUGGCUGUGGACACGUGAACCGAGUCACUAUUCUGUGCGACAAAUUUACUGGGCAUCCGAAAGGGUUUGCAUACAUCGAGUUCUCUGAUAGAGACUCUGUGAGGAUGGCCAUGGCUAUGGAUGAAACCUUGUUCAGAGGACGAGUCAUUAAGGUCUUACCAAAACGCACCAACAUGCCAGGCAUCAGCAGCACAGACCGAGGUUUCACGCGAGGAGGGCGUUUCCGAGGCAGAGGUGCCCGCGCUUCCCGGUUCCAUAAUGGCUUCCAGGGCAGAUUCCGCGGCUUCAUCAGGGGAAGUGGAAGAGCCCAGCCUUGGUACAUUUCAUACUGACAGAAUGAAAAUUCUUUUAGUUAAUUUUCUCCCCUUUUCUAAGCACUUAUGGGUGCUGACUGUUCAGUGUUGUUACGUUCCUGCCUUUAAUGUA